AUGCUCAACGGCGGCGGCGCCAAGUCCGCGCUCAUCGACGAGAAGGACGCGCUCCCCGGUCGCAAGGAAGAGAUGAAGGUCACGAACAAGCACUACGUCCUCGGGAACCCGAUCAAGGAGCCGUUCCCGGACAACCUCGAGACGUGCGUGUUCGCGACCGGAUGCUUCUGGGGCACCGAAAAGAUGUUCUGGCGCGUCCCCGGGGUCUACUCCACCUCCGUGGGAUACUGCUCCGGGCACACGCAGAACCCGACGUACGAGGAGGUGUGCAGCGGACGCACCGCGCACACGGAGGCGGUCCAGGUGGCGUGGGACCCGAAGAUCGUCUCCUUCGCGGACCUCCUCGCGAUGCACUGGACGUGCCACGACCCGACGCAAGGCAUGCGGCAGGGCAACGACAGCGGGACGCAGUACCGCAGCGGGAUCUACUGCUCCACCGCGAAGCAGCUCGAGGUGGCGAAGGACAGCGCGAAGGCCUACGCCGCGGCGCUGGAGGCGGCGGGGAGGAGCGGGAAGAUCACGAGCGAUCUGAUCGGGCCGGAGGGAAACACAGUUUAUUACUUCGCGGAGGAUUAUCACCAGCAGUACCUCGCCAAGCCCAACGCGCGGCCGUACUGCUCGGCGCAGCCGACGGGGGUGCCCGUGCCGGAGACGUGGCUCAAGGCGAACGGCGCGAAGCUGAGCGCGGGGUACUGGGCGAAGUACGGGCCGAGGCCGGGGUGCACGAUUCAGGUCGCGAACGAGCCGGUGCCGCUGGAGGAGGCGAUGAAGGCGUGAUACGGACGAGGCGGCGACGCGCGCGCGCGCGAGGAACGAGAGAGGGCCGCCGAGAGAGCGGACUCUAAGAGCGGACGAACGAGUCGACGGACGGAUAUAAUGAAUGACGCGACGAUAAUACGUGUCACU